CACGUUCUGCCACUCAGCACACGGACAAGAUCCUCGGCGAUCAUGCUGUCCAACCUCCGCGGCCACGGGCUCUGUGGUGGGUCUGCUGGAGGCAACAACCAGCUAGACAUUGUUGACGACGACAAUGAUAUCCACCGAUACGAACGAGACCGGCUGCGUCAAACGACACAUCCAGGAGGCCGUGACGACAGCUGUCGAAGGAAACGGCCGCCGCAACACCACAACGGCGGCCCAUGUGUGCAGCAAUCCAGGACACAACAGUUCCAGCCAUACCACCACGUGAGUAAACUCCCCAGCGCGCUGCAAAUGGACAUCCUGGCGGACCACCAGGCACAACACCGCGAGUCGACAAUCUGGCGACGGCGGUUUCCUGAAGCAAGCUGGCGGUCACCGAAGCUCCAUCCGUCCUCCUGUUCCUUCAUUCUGGCAUCCAACCAAGACGAUAACCCUGUCACCCACUACCACCACCACCACCAUCGCGGCCAGGAUUUGUAGAGUCGUUGCGACGCUUUCACUCGGUACAGUUUAGAGACCUCGUGUUCAACCAAGGUUUUGUGUCGUUCA